UAUCGAGAGUAUACGUAUCGUAGAAUGAGGAGUAAUUUUAAUUUAAUAUGCGUAAUGUUAAUAUUAAAAUUAUCCGUUCCGGUCUUCUGCAGCGCAGACGACGAUCAGAAUCUUGGAUUCGGUUUUAGUGAAAGAACAGAAGAUUCUGAUAGUGAACAGGAAUCAACUAAUCCUACGAGUUCAGAAACGGAUAAUAUGUCAACAAUGGAUGAAACACAAGAAGUAACUACGACUGAAGAAAUAUUGAGAAUAACGAAGAAGAUAAAAGAAGAAGAGAAGCCUAAAGAAACUCCGCCUAAAAUUACAAAUAAUGCAACGGAAGUAUCUUAUAAGAUAAAGGAUAUUUGUGCAAACUUCAAAUAUGCAGGUCCGAUCGUACUCAAUAAAAUGGUAGAUUUGUGGCAAACUGCAUAUUAUAGUUCACCACAAAAAGUACCAUGCUUUAAAAUGUUUAUAAGAAGACUAACAAUGAAGGAAAAACAAUUAUUCAAGCAGAAAUAUGGAAGUUUCGAUGAUGCAGUAGAAUGGGAAGAUUGUAAUUUAGAAAUAAGAUCUAGUUUGGAAGCAGAAAAACAUUUCCUACAAGGAUGUGAGAAAGGACACGGCGUUUUAGAAAACAUUAUUAUUGGAACACGCAAUGGAGAUAAUACAACAGAUUUCUACCAAAAGCCAGAAAGUCCUGACCAGUGGCUUGUAGUCCAAAACUUACUGUUGAAAAGGAACUGCGAUACUGGAGAUGUCAUAGUUUUUUCAAGAGUACCACACAAACCUCGUAAUAGCGUGAUAUCGGAAGCUUUAAAAAUCUUUGGCGAGAGCGACGCUGAUGGAAAAUUCGUAUGUGGUGAUCAACCACCGAUAAAGAAGAAACCUCAUGAAGUCGAAGAGGAAGUAGACGAAAGUACCUAA